AUGCUGAUGGAAUCAGACCUUGUGUUUGGGGUGUUGUCAGACAAACCUACGGUGCAUCCCUAUCUCACCACUUUGUUUCUUAGGGUUCACUGUUAGAACUUUCCCAUCUAGCCUAUGGCUGUGGUGGAUGGGUAAAUAUUGUUUUGCAGUGACUUUCAAGAAUUUGAAACUCUUAAGAUUGAGGUAUCGUUUGGAUGCACCUCUGAAGCGUUCCUGACUCUCCGAGUUUUAUUUCCAAAUUUGCGUCAGUUUCAUCAUAGGCACCAGAAUACUUGAAAUAUUUCAGCAUCUCUUUACCAGAAACUAGUUCCUCUAUGUUCUAUUUCCGGUCAUUCUGUGUGUAUGUGGGAGGGAGAGAGAGAGAGAGAGAGAGAGAGAGAGAGAGAGAGAUGUUUGAAAAUACUUGUCUCCUAAGGACGUAGUAUCCUGA